AUGGCUUCUAGGAACGAUGGCAUACAACUUUUGCUGCAGGCUGAAAAGGCAGCUGCUGAAAAAGUCGCGGAAGCCAAGCGAAGUACGCCUUUAUUACGCUGACCGUGUGACCUUAAAUUGCCUCAGAUCUUUUGUGUUUUUUGUUAGACUGACCCUUACGCGACGUUGCCAGCAUUGCUGUAGUAAAUUAGGUCUCAUGCUUAGUACUUUCGGAGGCCCGCGUAAGUACUGCUGGUUAUCGACACCAAAGAACCCGCGGUCGUGUUGUGCUUGCUCUUCAUUCACAGGACCUCGUCAGAUUAUCUUGAUUUUGUGUGGGUUUUUUUUUACUUCAGCUAGACUUACUAAUCCGCUCUUUUGGACGUGAUAUUGUUACUCCGAUCUGUCUUACACAUCCACCGUGAAGACUACCUCUUCUGAGCAUUUUUCCAUUUCACGCUGUCUUCUGAACGUUCACCCAGUUCCGUUUUGCCCUUUGCGGCCGCAGCGCUGUUACUUCCCCUUUACAUACUCAGUCGUCCACUUUCCUGUUCGUCCACUUAUUUGUGUGAUAUCUUUAGUGUACGAUUUCAAGCAUGGGUAGGUGAAUUCAUACGGGCUGGACCGGCGGUAAGACCGAUCCAGAGCUUCUGCGAGUGAAAGUUGUACUGGACGACGAAGUUUGUGAAAGACGGAACCCGCGUGGCGGAAUAAGGCAGCUUUCUCGAGCUCCAGUAGCAGCGAUUGAAUUUCGGGAAAUUUUCGCAAUAGCCUUACCAUUCUCAGAGGGAAUAUGACGCUGUUUGAAGGGCGGAUACCCUUUGGAAUUACUGCCAUCAGUAGGGUACUUUUCUAUAAAACCUUUCAGACAUAAGGUGAAGGAUACACCCUCGUUUUAGGAGGGUGUUAUGGGAAUACUGCCUGUUGCCCCCAGCAAGACGUUAAACAUCUGCUCAUUUUAGUUCCCUACCCGUAGUUGUGAAAAUUCGAACCCCGGUUAGCAUAUCACAGACAGAAGAUUCGUUCACCGAGAUAGGUCAGCUUGCAUCCUGAUGUUUUCUAGAGCGACUUCGCCACCUAAAACGCCAGGUCAUAAACACGUAUUUCUGGGUAUGCCCCCUCGUUUCAUUCUCUAAUGGUGCUUGGAGCAAACUGCUCGAAACGAAGGUCUGCGCCUCGAUUCAAUUUUAUCAGCGAAAGGCAAAGAAGGUCGCAUGUGCAUUGUAACGUUUUACUCAUUCGUGCGGUCGAUAGGUUAGUGAUAUCAAUGACGACGUAACUCACCUUUACAGAAAGUUGCCACCGUAGUAAGGUGCGCAACUUAUGAAUACGACCAGUGGCCCCUUAAAUGCCAGCGGCCGUGAUGACAGGCGUGCCUUCCCCAAUAGCUGUUUAUAUUGUCCAACAUGGAACAGUAACCGGAUCUUCUUUUUACUGCCAGCAUUCAAAGUACUAUUAUUUCUCAGGUAAUUUCCUAACAAAUCUCGCAAUGUCGACACGUCAGAAGUUAUGGUAGGUAAUCUUGCUAAAAUGUUGCCAGUAUAUUUUGUUUGUGAAUGAUACAUUUGGCUAUUGUAAGUACGCAGAGAUACAGUACUCGCGUAUAUUUUCGUUUGUGUUACCAAGGGAAGUUGAAAAGGCUGAAGGAAGCAAAACAGGAAGCGCUAACUGAGAUCGAAAUUGAAAAGAAUGAACGCGAGAAACAGUACAAAGCUCUCGAGGAUGAAGUGAGUGCUCCGUAUUUUGUCCGCUCUCAUUUUCUCGUGUUUCCUUUUCGGGGAAUAGUUUCUAAUGCGUCAUUUGUGCAUCCCGUAAGCCGAGUUAACAUCAGCGUACCAGGGCACUUCAGGAUUUCGGCUUCUUUCCAACCGCCUGCAAAUGCUGCACCCUAUGAAUGGCUGUUUGAGUAGUAUCAUUUUUCCCAUUCAUUCUUGAUGCCCUUAUAAAGUCGAGUAUAUUUUAAGUAAAAUUUUUACAAUAAUAUGUUUUUUCUCACGCAUUUGGUAGCAAAUGACUUCUUGUUCAAUUUCUGUACUUUGGCAAAAGGGGGUUUUUCGGUUACAACUAAGUUUCAAAUUAUGAGGUUUUUUAGGUCGUGAAAUGUCUAUUCAUGAUUUAUUUUACCUGUCCAUUUAUCAGUGCCGCCUAAAUAGUGUGCAACGUGGUCCACAUCCAUCGUAAAAUUUUACGAGUCUUUUAUGAUGUCUUUUUUUACUAGCGUAUAGAAAUGCAUGAUAUUCCUAAAUGGUCUCCCAUUUGCAAUUCGUCACUUUGUUGGUUUUUUGCUCCGUGUGGGCUCACCGCUUUUUAAGAUUCACAUGGAUCCUCCUCAUCAACAUUUCAGGUCUUCGGCCGUCGAUCGGGUAUCCAGGCGCAGAUUAACCAGGUGACCCAGAAAACACUGGAACUACAGGCUGACUCAAUGAGGCAACACAAGGACUCUGCAAUAAACAUGCUCUUGGAAACAGUGCUUUCCAUUGAACCGCGCCUUCAUAUCAAUUUCCGGCCGGAACUUUCGGCUGUCAAGUAA